AUGUCAUUCGAAAUUGGUAUCAUACUGGGAUCGACACGACACUCAAGCAAUACCAGUGGAUUAUCUAAUUUCCUUUCCAGAUGUCUAUCAUCUAAUUAUCCAUUAAUUUCAUCCCAAAUCAGAAGAUGGUCUGAAACCGUUUUGGCCUGGGAUGGAAUGAUCAUUCUUAGUCCACAGUAUAAUUGGGGUUAUCCAGCUAUAUUGAAAAAUAGUUUAGAUCAUCUAUUUCAUGAAUGGGUAAAAAUGCCUUUAAGUUUAUUAACAUUCGGUGGACAUGGUGGAAGUAAAUGUGCUGAAGGAUUAAAAGUGGUUUGUCAAGGUGGUAUGAAAAUGUCUUUAACGGAUAUAAAUCUACAAAUAUCUUUACCAACGGAAUACAUAAGAGGUCAAGAUAGAGUCAAAGGUGUUGAAGACUGGUUGAAUGUCUAUCAGGAAGAUUUGGGACUUAUGAUUGAUCAAUUGAUCAGCCUGAUGGAGAAAAGGAAAGAAGAGUAG